AGUGGGAGUGAGUUACGAUGCGGAAUGGUCAGCUCAGCUCGCGGCGCACCCGACCGUUUUUCCGCCGUGGGCACCGCCGCGCGCGCGGAGCGCUCCACGCGUCCGCCCGGAGCCAGGCGUCCUUGCUUCUCCCCGCCGCCUUCCUUUGCAGCCGGGCUCCGAUUGGUUCCUCCUUUUCCGUUGGUCCUCCCCUGUUCAGUUCAGCUGCUCUGCACCCAAGACCCAAGAGAAGCGUUUGCUGCAGAGGCUCCUGGGAAGCGAUGGCAUCUGAUGGAGGAUCCUCUAGCUUCGGGGAGCUGUACGGAAACAUCCACACACCCGCGGUGCUCACUGGCGCCGCGUUUGCGCUUGUCGCUCUCCUCCUCUCGCUCUGGCUCAUCCUGCAGCACCUCAGAUCGUACAGCAACCCAGCCGAGCAGAAGUGGAUCAUAGCUGUGUUGUUCAUGGUGCCUGUAUAUGCCUCUGAAUCUAUAAUAUCACUGUGGAAUUCGAAGUUCUCUCUGGCUUGUGAUAUAUUGCGGAAUUGUUAUGAAGCCUUUGCUCUUUAUGCCUUUGGACGAUACUUGGUUGCUUGCCUGGGUGGCGAACGGCAAGUGUUCCGGUUGCUUGAGAACAGAAAAAGGGAAGAGCUAACUGAGCAGUUGCUCAACGGUCAGGACAAGGCAGAAGCUCAAAACCGAAGCAGAGUGUGCAAUUUCUUUUGUGACCCUAAUGCUCUGGGAGAGAACUUGUAUACAAUUAUAAAAUUCGGUCUCGUGCAAUAUAUGAUUCUGAAGACACUAUGUGCUUUCUUGGCAUUGAUUUUGGAGCUUUUUGGAGCCUAUGGAGAUGGUGAAUUCAAGUGGAACUACGGAUAUCCUUACAUUGCUGUUGUCAUAAAUUUCAGCCAGACAUGGGCAUUGUACUGUCUUGUCAAAUUUUACAAUGCAACGCAUGAAAAAUUACAUGCAAUAAGGCCACUAGCCAAGUUCAUAAGCUUUAAGGCCAUUGUAUUUGCCACUUGGUGGCAAGGAGUCGGCAUAGCAAUCAUAUGCCAAACUGGGCUCCUGCCCAAAGAGGGCAAAGUGCAGAAUGAAAUACAGGACUUCCUCAUUUGCAUUGAGAUGGCUAUUGCAGCUAUAGCGCAUGCCUAUGUCUUCACCGUGGAUCCGUACCAACACAUCCCUGUACUCGAUCAUGGGAAGGUCACAUGUGAGGAGAGUAAAAUGGACGUGAAGGUAGAUGUUAACGAUGACAGGAACAGUACACCAACUACCGUUAAGCAGAAAGAUACCCAUGUUGAAGCCCCGGGUACAAGCAUCAAAGAGAGCGUGCAGGAUGUUGUUCUUGUUGGUGGCCACCAUGUUGUCAAGGAUGUUGCCCUCACUAUCUCACAGGCAAUUGGACCUGUGGAGAAAGGUGUCGAGAAAGGCGUUGGGAAGAUUCAGGAGAAGUUCCACCACAUCUCAUUGAAGUCAGGGGACAAGAAAGAACCUGAAGUUGAUGUUGAGGAGCACAUCACUGAGAAUGUGGUGGACAGCAAACCUGUUACGGUUGAAGCAGAGGUUGAAGUUGAACAGAAGGUGCAAGAUGACAGUGAGGAUGUUAAAACUGCUGUGAUUGAAACCGAGGUGGAAAUCCAAAGAACAGAGAAAGAUAAUGAAGUGUAGCUAUCUGCUAUCCUUGUUAUGUACAGAAGUGGAAGCUGGAGCCUGACCCCCAUGCAAACAUUUCGCCAUGACCCCAACCCCCUAGUAUUACUGCUCACUCAAAAAUAUCAGAAGCAUAGCUUAAAGCUUGGUAGGAACUGGAAAGGACAUGUACAUAGUUUAUGUACUCUUCCCCCUCUGUUUUGGGAUUUAAUCAUCUUCUGUCUUUUAAUACAGUGAUUAGAAUUACAUCCAA